AUGGCCGCCUCCACCCUGUCCAUCUGCUCCAGUGACCUGAGCUACGGCAACCGUGUCUGCCUGCCCGGUUCCAGUGACUCUUGCACUGACUCCCAGCAGGUGGAUGACUGUCCAGAGAGCUGCUGCCAGCCCUCCUGCUGUGUCCCCAGCUGCUGGCAGCCCACCUGCUGUGUCCCCAGCUGCUGCCAGCCCUCCUGCUGUGUCCCCAGCUGCUGCCAGUCCACCUGCUGUGCUCCUAGCUGCUGCCAGCCCUCCUGCUGUGUCCCCAGCUGCUGCCAGUCCUCCUGCUGUGUCCCCAGCUGCUGCCAGUCCACCUGCUGUGCUCCUAGCUGCUGCCAGCCCUCCUGCUGUGUCCCCAGCUGCUGUGCCCCAGCCCCCUGCCAGACCCUCAUCUGUGCCCCAGUGGGCUGUGUGUCCAGCCCCUGCUGCCAGCAGUCUGGCUGCCAGCCCUCCUGCUGCACCUCCUCCCCCUGCCAGCCCUCCUGCUGUGUGCCCGUCUGCUGCAAGCCUGUGUGCUGCACACCUGUCUGCUGCAAGCCUGUGUGCUGCACACCUGUCUGCUGCAAGCCUGUGUGCUGCCCCUCAUCCUGCUGCAGACCCUCCUCCUGUGUGUCUGUCAUCUGCCGCCCUGUGUGCAGACCCGCCUGCUGCGCACCCGUCUCCUCCUGCUGCCAGCCCAGCUGCUGCCGCCCGGCCUCCUGCGUGUCCCUCAUCUGCCGCCCUGUGUGCUCCCGCCCGGCCUGCUGUGUCCGUGCCUCAGCCCAGAAGUCCCGCUGCUGACCGGGCAUGUCCCCCCAGGACCACCUGGGUUCAGAUCUCACCUUGUGACUGUGGUCCUCCCAGCCACCCCUCAGUC